UUAAAUGGAAAUCCAGGCCAGGAAGAGAUGUCUGUUGUCGGUGAGCACCAGCCAUCGCAUGUCGCCGUCGCCCAUGCUCAUCGUCAUAGUGCAUCCCGCCACUGGUGUGUGGGGCGACUGAAGCAGGAGGCCAUCCAGGGGGUCGUCACCAACAUCCCUGAAGAAACAAGAACCGACAGAUGACUGACUACCCGCCUCUUGAUUGAUGGCAUUCAUUCAUUGGUGCGUGUGGCCACCUGUUGAGUCUGAUUUGUGUGUUGUUGGUCGGGUGAGACUGCUGGAAGUGGUCAAGGAUCAUCUCCUUGGCAAAUGACGACACCGACGCAAAGGUGGCCUCAAACAAGGCCGCCCAUCCGCCGACGCCACCGCCUACGUAGACAACGCGGCUGGCCACCGGCAGGUCAUGCUCUAGCCUGUGCUGCUGAUACAGAUGACCGGCAGGCAGGGGCGGGUCGACCUCCAGCCGGAAGCCGGGCUCGUCCUUGAUCGCCCGCAGCUCACCAUCAUUCUGCUGGAACAGCUGCAGGCAGCUGCCGUCACUGAAGUGGAUGUGGAGGCCGACCAUCUUGAGCUGCGCCAACACACGGGGAGCCGACACAUACGUCUACACACACGACCACACAGACAGAGAGAAUGAGGCCCUCUCUCUCCCCUCCCCGCCCCUCUGUUUGCUGGCUCACCGUCUUGUUUGUGUGUGUGUUGAUGUCAUCGGAUGUGAGGAUGACAGGCAGGUCACAGUUGCCGCACUGCCCCGCCAGCUCAAUCACCUCGCCGAUCUCAUCCCAUGGCCCCUCCUCCACCACACACACAGCCGCCAGCAGAUCAUGUGUGCCGAACUGGUCGUCGUCGAACCGCAGCAGCUGCACUUGCUGCCCAUUCACCGCCCGCCGCAGCCCCGCCUGUGAGCCCAGCGAGUGGCCGAGCCUAUCUCUCAGCUGGGCCGCUCCGAAGAGGUCUUUGAGCCACGUGCAGGUGGCCCUCAACCGCACGACGUCCUCUACGCUGAGCAGCCAGUAGGUGCGGCGGCCGACGAAGAUGUACGAGAAGGGGUGCUGCUGCUGAUGAUGCUGUUGCUGAUGCUGUUGCUGCAUCUGAUGAAGAGAUCAGCGGGAGAGAACACGCCGAUGAAGAGCGACGAUCAUGGGAAGAACAUCUACUUGAUUUGGCAGAUGUUUGCGUGAGG